AUGGUCAGGGACGCCCUGCAAAGGAUCUCCCAGCAAGUAGAGCUGAGUCGGCGCCAGCUGCAGGCAAUCAGGGAGAGGGUCUUCUUGGCCCAGGCUAAGAUAGAGAAGAUCAAGGGCAGCAAGAAAGCGAUCAAGGUCUUCUCUAGUGCCAAGUACCCAGCACCGGAGCGCCUGCGGGAAUAUGACUCCAUCUUUACUGGUGCCCCCGACCCUGGUCUGCAGAGAAGACCCCGGUACAGGAUCCAGAGCAAGCACUGCCCACUGGACAAGUGGGCCCUGCAGGAGAAGCUGAAAUACUUUCCGGUGUGUGUGAACACCAAGUCGGAGCCUGAGGAUGAAGCGGAAGAGGGACUUGGGGGUCUUCGCAACAUCAGCUCCAUCAGCUCCCUGCUGCUCUUCAAUACCACAGAACAUCUGUACAAGAAGUAUGUUUUCCUGGACCCUCUGGCUGGCGCAGUAACAAAAACCCACACGAUGCUGGGCACAGAAGAGGAGAAGUUGUUUGAUGCCCCCCUGUCUAUCAGCAAGCGAGAGCAGCUGGGGCAGCAGGCUCCGGAAAACUACUUCUAUGUGCCAGACCUGGGUCAGGUGCCUGAGAUCAAUGUGCCGUCCUACCUACCUGACUUGCCUGGCAUUGCAGAUGACCUCAUGUACAGUGCGGACCUGGGGCCUGGCAUUGCCCCCUCCGCUACUGGUGUCAUCCCAGAGCUGCCCACCUUCCACACAGAGGUAGCUGAACCUUUCCAGCCAGAGCUAGAGGAUGGUGUGCUGCUGGCAGCACCACCACCACCGCCAUCUCCCCCACCACCUCCCCCUGGUCCCACAGUGGUGGUCAGUGCCCCCCAACCACCAGUGUUCCCUGAAGUGGCGGCUGCACCUGGCCAUGCUACCAGGGAAGAAGAUAUUAGCGGCAGCAUGGCCCACUCAGCCUCUGUUCAAGGAGCUCCCAAGGAGGUGGUUGACCCCUCCAGUGGCCGGGCCACCCUACUGGAGUCCAUCCGCCAAGCUGGGGGCAUUGGCAAGGCCAAGCUGCGCAGUGUGAAGGAAUGCAAGCUGGAGAAGAAGAAACAGAAUGAACAGGAGCAAGGUGAGGGCACCAAGGGUCUGCUGCAGCAACCAGACUCCCAGUCUACCCACAGGAAGUCCCCUUGUGGCUACCCUGAUAGGGGUAUAGAGAAGUGA